AUGAAGAACUCUGGUCAUAAGAAACUUGAAGAUCAGAUAGACUCCCUUCAAAAGGAAAUUAAAAAAAGGACGGGAUGUGUCAGUGACUUUCGGACAGCUAUUUCGCAAACGAUAAAUCGUUUUAAAGCUAUUAGUCACGAUGGGAAGCAGCGCACCGCAUGGAAAGUAGAUUUUGCGAAAAAAAUAACACGUGGCUACAUUCGUCACUUGCCUCUCCUACACGUAAAAAAAAGUAUUCCCGGUCGUCCUGCAAUACCAUUUGAGGAGAGCACAGAGAGGAUAAAGCGACAAAGGACUCAAGAAUUAAGAAAAUCUACGCCUUUACCUGAGCUCGUUUAUGCCACAAAAAUGAAAUUAAAAGCUUCGGGACAGGGCGCGGCCUCCAAAAUAAUUAAAGAUAUUUUAUCUGAUCCAUCAAAACCUAGUAAAUAUUUAAAAGCCUCUCAACAGUCACUUGAGACAGAUACGAUGAUGUCAAGAGAGGAUGCUGUAGCACUCCUAGUGGAAGCUGAUUUGUCUCGUCAUCAGUACAAUAUAUUGAAAUCAAAAUCUCCAAAAUCGUCCAAAUCUCGAAAAAUUUUUGCGUUACUUCCGCCCCCAUCAUCUGAUUUGGAUGAAUCCUCUGACGAAGAAAAUAGCGUGUUUCAUUGUGAAUCUUAUAGAGUUGAGAGCGACGCAGAAAGUGAGAGCUCUGAAUCAGUUAGUUUACCCCCUGAGGUACAAAAAAAUAUUUAUUAA